AUGACGCCACUCUGCAAUGCGGAAGGUGUUUGGCUUGGGUCACAUGGUGUUAAUUAUUUAUGGACUGCGGUACUCGGGAUGGAGAUGUGGUUAAAUGUCGUGUUCGUUUAUGGCGGGGGAUUCUACUUGUUUAACCUCUACUUCCCGGGAAUUGCGUGUUUCUUGGAAUACAUCGAUCUUCUUUGGAAUUCCGCCUCCCCAAAUGCAGUGACAAGCUCACACAUUAGAAACAGGAUAACGCAAUACCGUCGAAUUCACAUACUCGAAAAGAUGUUCAAUUCCUACAUCGGAAACACGUGCAUUCCCUACAUGAUGGGAAUACUCCCGGCCAUCCAAAUAUUCGCGGUGUACGGAUGCAUCCAAUUUUAUCCGGUCGUCGAAAUGCCGCAAUAUCUCAUUUUCCCCUUAAUGGCGGUGGACGCUUUCUUAUGCAACGCAACCUCCGCAACGUUGUCAUCCUUCAUAAAUAUGGAAUCCGAGCACUUCCUGACAAAAUGCAAAAACUUGAAUUCGCGAAAAUUAGUAGGAACGAAGACUGGCAUGAUUUCGAGAGAGGUGAAGGCCUGUUCUGCACUCAAAAUUCGGUUCGGAAGCAACUACAUCGAUUCCGGUACGCCCCUCAUGAUUCAGCAUUUCUGUUGGGUACAAACCCUGCAAAUGUUGAUGAUUAUGUCAAAGUGGUGA